ACUCAAGAUGGUUCUUUCUAUGGACAGGUGGAAAGGCAAAGUAGCUGUUGUUACAGGUGCCAGCUCUGGAAUAGGAGCAGCCAUUGCAGAACUUUUAGUGGAGAAUGGACUUUUGGUAGUAGGUGUUGCUAGAAGAAAAGAAAGAAUAGAUGCGUUAGCUCAAAAACUUAAAGGCAAAAAGGGCAAGUUGUACUCAGUCAAAGCAGACCUCACCAAAGAAGAAGAUAUAAAAGACAUUUUCAAAUGGACUUCAGCAAAUGUUGGUCCUGUAGCUAUCCUAGUUAACAAUGCUGGUUGCGUAUUUAAAACAGAUCUAAUAGAUGGCGACACAGAAGCAUGGAAAAGAACUAUAAAUGUUAAUCUGUUAGCAUUAUGUAUAGCAACAAGAGAAGCAAUUAGUAUUAUGAAAAAGAAUAAUAUUGAUGGACAUAUUAUUCAUAUAAAUAGCGUAUUCGGCCAUAGAGUAAGUAAUUUUCCACAAGUGUCCGUGUAUCCAGCCACCAAACAUGGAGUAACUGCUUUGACAGAAACAUUAAGGAACGAACUGAACGCUUUAAAAUCAAAAAUAAGAGUGACGAGCAUAAGUCCUGGCUUAGUUGAUACAGAGAUGAUUACCGAACUUAAAAAAACUGAAUUUUACGAACAACUGAAAAAAUCAGUAUUAAAAUCGGAAGAUAUAGCUGAUGCGGUUUUUUACACCCUUUCCACGCCACCACAUGUACAGAUUCACGAACUAACAAUUAAGCCAGUGGGUGAACAGUUUUAAAAUUGCUUAGUUUUUAAACCGGUAAAGUUGGAUUGUGUUUUGUUUAUAGAUAAAUAAAGUUUAAUUUUUA